AUGGGUUUCGAUAUAAACAGAUUCCGGGAAUCGGAUAUCAAAGAGGAGUUUAUUUGUCCGAUUUGUCACGACAUCCUUCAGGAACCGAUUCUUCUCCAAACGUGCGAACAUGUCUUCUGCAAUCAGUGUAUCAAUGAAUGGCUUCAGAAAUGCGAACAAAAGUCGUGUCCAAUCGAUAGGGAAGAGAUCUGCGAGAACUCUCUGCGACCUCCGCAGAGAUCCUUCAAGAAUUUGAUCUCAAAUCUAUUGAUUUCAUGCGAUUUCCUCUCAAAUGGUUGCCAACAGUGGAUCAAAAUAGACGAACUGUCAGUCCAUACAAAUGCUUGUGUUUAUAAUCCGGUAAUUAUGAGCCAAAAGAUUGAAUGUCCGGCAAAUUGUGGUGCAAUUAUCACACGCUGUAAGAGUAGAGAUGAACACAAUUGUGUGAUAUUUCUUAAGAAAAUUAUUAAUUCAAAUAAGGAUAGUAUCGAAGAAUUGGUUAAUGAAAACAAACGUCUGUCCAAAGAGAGCAAUACAUUGAAUACUAAAUACAAUCACUUGAAAGACGAAUACGAAGAGGCGAUGAAUCAAUUGAAACAUUUUUGUAUCGAAAAUAAAAAGUUUUCAAUUGAUUUGACGAAUACUAAACAGGAGUUAGCGAUUAAUAACGAAAAUCUCAUUCAAUUAAAUAAAACUAAUGACAAGAAAGACAUGACUAUCGACGCCCUGAAGACAGAGAUCCAGAAUCUUAAGAAAAACAGCCAAACAAUGAUUCAAAUGUUGAAAAGUAAAGACAAAGAAUCCAAACAUAACGGAAACCAUUGUCUAGAAUCGUUACCUCUUAUAAGUUUUGACAAUGAUUUGAGAGAACCCGAGAGAAGCCCUUCUAGUGAUACACUAAUCAAGACAUCCGUAGACAACAAGCAAUUGAUUGAAGCGCUCUCUAAGAGACACGGAUUGUCCAACAGAAGAGUCAUCUCCGCUAUGCUAUCAAUAGACAGGGGAGUGUUCGCCCCCUCAGCGGCCAGUUAUGUCUUACAUCACAUCCGAUCGAUAGGUUACGGGGCGCACACGGGUCCGGCCACUUACGAGGCCGCACUUCUUCAGUUCCUUGAGCCCCAUCUGAUGCCUAACUGUAAAGUUCUCGAUAUCGGUUCGGGAACUGGUUUUUUGACCGCUUGUAUUGCAUCAAUGAUCGCACCGAAUGGUAGAGUAGUUGGCAUCGAACACAUCCCUCAAUUGGUCCAACAGUCCAUCCAAACCAUUGACAAACACUGUCCGCAACUCAAAGAGUCGGGUGUUUUGAGAAUAGUUUUGGGAGACGGAAGGUUUGGCUACAAUUCUGAAGCUCCAUACGAUCUCAUAUUCAUUGAGCCGUUGACCCGACGAGUGCCGCAAAAACUGAUAGACCUGUUACGGCCCGGCGGAUCUAUUGUAGUGCCGAUCGGCGCCCGAGAGAAAGACAUCAAUUUAGAGCUCUUUACCAAACAAUUGAAUGGAGAAGUCGUUCGUCUCGUCCUCUGCGACGACUGGAAACUAAUGCAAGAAAAUACUCCCGAUUUGCUCGAAGACAAGAAAAUGCAAUUGAGAUCCGGUUGGAAAUUAAAGCUCGGUUUCUAG